CGAGCUCCAAGCCGGUUAAGUUUAUGUUAAACUUCAAAGCAAAGCAUAUCAAAGGUCGAAAAGUUUUUUGUUAGGAGCCAAAGGUCAAAUUUCUAUCGGCUCGAAUGCUCUUCCAUUACCAUUGAAAAAAAGUUAUGCUUUAUGACAGGUUGUGUGGGUGAACACUAUAUUUUGGAAAAGUAAACAAGAACAAGAAAAAUACUAUGUGACAAAGUAUUAUUCUUGUUCACUAUUCAUAAAAACCCCACUCUAAUCGACCAGUUUAAAAAAAAUUGGUAUUAUUGGUUUUAUGACAAGGAGAUGCGUCUCCAAUUACAUUAUUUGGAACUAUACAUUUCAGCUAAACGCCGUGGUACACUUCAAAUUUCUAGUUUGAACCAUCGUAUUUUUCAAGAUAGAUUGAGAAAAAGGGGAAAUGAGACAAGACAGCCGCAGGUUACACUGGGAAGAUUGGCUUUCCAUUGGCAUUUACUUUGCUGUUACGAUAGGCCUUGGACUAGCGGUGAAAUUUCGACGGGGGCGAAAAGAGGAAUCGGCUGAAAGCUUCUUUCUCGCUGGUCGUUCCUUGGUCUGGUGGAUGGUUGGAGGGAGUAUUUUUGCCAGUAACAUUGGUGGAACUCACUUCAUUGGUAUAGCGGGUGAUGGUGCAGCAACUGGCAUCGCUGUUAUUUGUUACGAAUGGCAGGCAUCGUGGACGCUUUUAAUCCUUGGAUAUUUCUUCGUACCGGUUUACCUAACCUCCGGAAUAUACACCAUGCCAGAGUACAUGCAGAAACGCUAUCAGAGUCAGUCGAUUCGCACGAUACUCACUUUCAUAACGCUGGUCAGUUACGUUUUCACCAAAAUAUCGAUCGACAUAUAUGCUGGAAGUGUGUACUUUCGAGAGGCAACUGGGUGGAAUAUUUACAUAUCGGCGUUUGUCGUGCUAUCCAUUACAGCUGUUUAUGUCAUUGUCGGCGGACUUGAAGCAGUGACAUUUACUGACCUUCUUCAAGUGACCAUCAUGUUGAUCGGCGCAGUAGUUCUCAGUAUUCUGGGUUUUCAAGAAAUUGGCGGCUUGGAAAAACUCUGGGAGAAAUACCCACAAUCAUUCGGUCGUAACUGGCGAGUUGUCGAGAACGUCACUAUAAAUGGCAGCUUGCCAGGAGAGCAUGCAAACGCGAGCUCAAGUUGCUACGGUCUUACUCCAUAUUGGGACAACAUGUUCAGACCGUUUGAUGACCCCGAUUUUCCUUGGUUCGGUGUUUGGUUCGCACUUCCUAUUGUGGAAGUUUGGUACUGGUGUACCGAUCAGGUGAUGGUGCAGCGUGCUCUCGCCGCUAAAAAUGUCGUGCACGCCAAAGGUGGCGCUAUAUUUGCCGGAUUUCUCAAAAUCAUUCCCUUGUUCAUUAUGGUAUUUCCUGGAAUGAUCAGCAGGGUGCUUUACAAAGAUGAUGUCGCGUGUCCGGACGCUGAGAGCUGUGAACGAGCUUGUGGAAACAAACUGAGUUGCUCCAACUUGGCUUAUCCAAGAUUGGUCUUUAAUCUUCUACCUACCGGAAUGGUCGGAGUGAUGAUGGCUGUAAUGUUGGCUGCGGUCAUGUCGUCUUUAUCGUCCGUCUACAACAGCGCGAGUACCAUCUUCACCAUUGAUAUAUGGCAGCGCAUAAGAAAGAGGGCAAGUGAUCGUGAAAAAUUAUUUGUUGGCCGCGUUAUUGUUGCCGUUCUUGUGAUCCUGGGACUAGUAUGGAUGCCCUUAAUUGAAAGGGGAGGAAGCGGAAAGCUAUUUCGUUAUAUUCAAACAAUCCAGUUUCUACUUGGAUCACCGAUCAUGGCAAUCUUCAUUGUUGGACUUAUGUGGCCUAGAGCGAAUGGAAAGGGAGCACUGAGUGGCUUCGUGAUUGGCCUCCUAUUGGCUGCAGCCAGGUUUGCAGCUGAAUACAUCUACGACAGUCCUGGAUGUGGUGAAAAAGACACGCGACCUGGGUUCGCUUCCCUAAAUUACAUGUACUUCGGAAUCAUUUUGUUCCUCGUCAGUGUCGUUACAAUUGUCAUCAUCAGUCUACUAACUGCUCCAAUACCAAGGGAACAACUAAACGGUUUAACCUGGACGACAUUGAGGAGCAAGAAGAAUGAUUUUACGAACGACACCAUCAACAAUUCCACUGGCCAAAGUCCCAUACCUCCCAUGUCAGAUAACGGCAUUGAGCUAACAAGAUACAAAGAUUUCUCGGAGAGCAAUACAGAAUCGCAAUUCGAUGAAGCAAUGACUCCGGAGCACGAUAUGUUGUUUGAAAGUCGAAAGGAAAAGAUCUUAUUGAACAUUAGUUCUAUUAUACUGCUUGUGGUGUUAGCUUUUCUCUGGAUAUGGUAUCGUUGAUAAACUUUAAUGAAUCCAUGAAAUGCGUACUUAGUGUUGAAAAUAGGUGCAAAAGCAAUUAAAAGUUCAGGCUGGGGCUACAGGCUUUUCCUACUUUACAAAGUUUUGAUGUGUACUACUUUACACGUUGUGUUUUUUAAAUAAAAUUCAAUACACGCCAA